GUCUGCGAACCCUGAGAGACGCCCUUUGCUUUUGCACCUUUUGCAUUUCUUUGUCUCUUUGCACACCGACGCAUCAUCAUCGGGCGGUAGUACGUGCUACACGGCUCUCCAGUACAAAGAACGUUAGUCUUGAUCUCCGAUUUCGAAGUUUCACACUGACAUAACAUGGCACGGCGGAAUACCGAAGAACAGGGGAAAAUCUUCGUUGGCGGUCUCAGUUGGGAGACUACGCAAGAUGGCCUGUUGAACUACUUCAGCCGCUUCGGCGAAGUGGUGGACAGCGUGGUGAUGUGCAACGAGACGGGCCGGUCGCGAGGCUUCGGCUUUGUGACCUUCAGGGACCCCAGCUGCGUGGCCACGGUGCUCGCCGGAGGGCCCCACCAGCUCGACGGACGCACGGUGGACCCGAAGUCGUGCAACCCACGCGGUGCCUCACGCCCCCAGGGAGGCGGAGGUGGUGGCGGCCCACCGAGGGGUGGUGGCGGCGGUGGCAGGAAGGGCAGUGGCACCAAGAUCUUCCUGGGCGGCCUGCCUGCCAGCGUGAACGAGUCGGACCUGCACGCCUUCUUCUCGGAGUACGGCAAAGUGGUUGAGGCGAUCAUCAUGUACGAUCAGGAGCAAAAGCGCUCGCGUGGCUUCGGCUUCGUCACCUUCGAGACUGAAGACCCCGUCCAUCAGCUGACUGGGCAGCGCUACGUCGAGAUGAGCGGCAAGCAGGUGGAGUGUAAGCGUGCCGAACCCAAGGAGAGCCGCAUGCCCAAGGGUGGCGGUGGCGGCAGGGGUGGCUGGGGAGGCCAGCAAGGUGGCGGUGGAAAUUGGGGCGGGCCCCAGUGGGGAGGAGCGCCCAAUGGCGGCGGUCCCCCGUCUUCCGGCUAUCAAGGUUAUUCCGGUGGCGGCGGUGGCGGCUACAACAACUGGGGCGGCGCUCAGUCGGGCGGCUACAACUCUGGCGGAGGAGGUGGUGGCUAUGGCAGUUACGGCUCGGGCGACCAGAGCUACUCGGGAUACGGCUCCUACGGGCAGCAGACUUCCAGUUACGGACCCAUGCGCACUGCCGGUGGCUACGGCGACACUUCCUACACCGCCACGGGCUACAACGGUGCGGCAGGCAACGGGGUUGCACCCGCAGCUGCAGCGCCCACUGACGGCGGGCAGGGGUACCACCCGUACCGAAGGUGAAGAGGGACUUCCAGGCCCCCCCCACCGAGAGGAAGACACAUCACGUCGGUCGUUUUCACUGCUCCACCCACUAAACAGCAGCCCACAUACCUUGUGUACAUUUUUUCCCCCCACUUGACUAGUAAAAGGAAACUAAGCGUGCCCCCGGGCACACCAAA